GGUCAGGGAGGCAAGAUCAAAUCCCGAACGAUCAGAAAACCUUAUAGGUGCUUUACGGCCCUCUCUCUUGAGCGUGGCGGUACACUCUCUCUCUCUCUCUCUCUCGCCCUCGAAAUGCCGUUCAAGCGAUAUGUGGAGAUCGGCAGGGUUGCGCUUGUGACCUACGGGAAGGAAUACGGCAGGCUCGUCGUUAUCGUCGAUGUUAUCGAUCAGAACAGAGCUCUGGUCGAUUCUCCUGACAUGGUACGAGGCCAAAUCAAUUUCAAGAGGCUCUCUCUUACUGAUAUAAAGAUUGACAUACCACGGGUCCCCAAGAAGAAGACCCUUCUUGAUGCCAUGGAAGCUGCUGAUGUGAAGAACAAAUGGGAGAACAGCUCAUGGGGAAGAAAACUAAUUGUUCAGAAGAGGAGAGCUUCACUGAAUGAUUUUGACAGGUUCAAGGUCAUGCUGGCAAAGAUUAAGAGAGGAGGCGCCAUCAGGCAAGAGCUGGCCAAGCUUAAAAAGGCAGAUGUGGCUUGAGCUUCAUAUAUUUCUGGUUCCUCAGCCAGGGUUCUGUUAUCCAUUUACAUGUCCUUAAACAGAUUGAAUGUACUUUUUGAUAUUUUGCAACUCAGAUUUUGCUUUUAUUGAUAGGCCCGAAAGUGAUAAGAAGUGAUGCCUAUAUUUUUGAAGUCAUGAUCUGUAGUUCCCAGAUCACGUUUGUAUGACAGUAAAGGUACAUGACUAUAUUAUGAUCAGGAGUA